GACAUGCCUCUCUAAAUAACUUAUUUUGGGCCCAAUUUGUCUUCAGUAUUGCUAGGGCACACGCGUUUAUUCCUCUCCCUCUUCUCAUCAUAUCUUCCAUUUCUUUUCAGCCGGAGAUCCAUCGCCCCUGGAUUCCCCGUAACGUUGGCCUUGCCUCUCCGCUUCUCAUCUCCAGGGUGAGCCUCACAAACAGCGCGAUGGCCCUGGAUUAAACCACAGCGGGUGAAAACAACCGAAAAACAGGCCCAUUACAGAAAAACGCCCAACCACCCCGAACAGAGAGGGCGGGGCGAUCAAGUGCUCGUCUUCGUGCCCUUGACCUUUCGGAUUGGCUGCUGAGACAUCACGUAGCCUGUGAUUGGUCACGGCGUCUAGCGUAGCGCCCACAGGAAGGAAGGCUAAGAGUCCUGCGCCUUAAAGCCCGCCUUCCCGACAAAUAAAGGUCGCAGGCGCCCAGCGGGCGGAGCUAAGUUCCUCGUGGUUCGUGCAGUUCGGGGGCACCGGAAGUGGGACCCCACGUUACAAGAAGAUGACCCGAAGUUGCUCCGCUGUGGGUUGCAGCACCAAGGACACCCUGGAGAGCCGCAAGCAGGGCUACUCUUUCCAUCAAUUUCCAACUGAUACCAUACUGCGCUCAAAAUGGAUCAGGGCUGUUAAUCGUGUGGACCCCAUAAGCAAAAAGAUUUGGAUCCCAGGACCAAGUGCUAUGCUAUGUUCCAAACAUUUUCUGGAAAGUGACUUUGAGUCAUAUGGCUUAAGAAGAAUGCUGAAAAAAGGAGCUGUGCCUUCUGUUUCUCUAUACAAGGUUCUUCAAGGUGUACAUAAUAACGGUAAAGCAAGACAGAAAAUCCUAAAAGAGCCACUUCCUGAUGAUUCUGAAGAGGUUGCUACUGAGGACCAUAACUACAGUUUGAAGAGACCUUUGACAGUAGCAGAGAAACUGGCUGAAGUGCAACAGAUGCUACCAUUGGCCAAAAAAAGACUUGUUCCUGUCAAAAACUACAGGAUGACCAAGAAGAGAGAGGGUUUACGAUUAAUUGAUGCACUGGUAGAAGAGAGACUGCUUUCUGAAGAAACAGAAUGUCUGCUACGAGCACAGUUUUCAGAUUUUAAAUGGGAAUUGUACAACUGGAGUGAAACAUCUGAGUACUCCACAGAAAUGAAGCAAUUUGCAUGUACACUCUAUUUGUGCAGUAGCAAAGUCUAUGAUUAUGUAAAAAAGAUUCUUAAACUGCCUCAUUCUUCCAUCCUGAGAACAUGGUUAUCCAAACGCAAACCCAGUCCAGGUUUCAACAGCAACGUUUUUUCUUUUCUUCAACAAAGAGUAGAGAAUGGAGACCAGCUAUAUCAGUAUUGUUCACUGAUAAUAAAAGGUGUACCUCUCAAGCAACAGGUUCAGUGGGAUCCCAGCAGUCAACAUUUGCAAGGGUUUAUGGACUUUGGUCUUGGAAAACUUGAUGCUGAUGAAAUGCCACUUGCCUCAGAAACUAUUUUAUUGAUGGCAGUGGGUAUUUGUGGUCAUUGGAGAACACCUCUUGGUUAUUUUUUUGUAAACAGAGCAUCUGGAUAUUUGCAAGCUCAGCUGCUUCGUCUUACUAUUGGCAAACUGAGUGACAUAGGCAUCACAGUUGUGGCUGUUACGUCUGAUGUUACAGCUCAGAGUGUUCAGAUGGCAAAAGCAUUGGGGAUACACAUUGAUGGAGACACCAUGAAGUACACAUUCCAGCAUCCUUCAUCUUCUAGUCAACAGAUUGCAUACUUCUUUGAUUCUUGCCACUUGCUUAGAUUAAUAAGAAAUUCAUUUCAGAGUUUUCAAAGCAUUCAGUUCAGUAAUGGCACAGCACAUUGGCAGCACCUUGUGGAGUUAGUAGCACUAGAGGAGCAGGAAUUAUCAAACAUGGAAAGAAUCCCAAGAAAACUUGAAAAUUUGAAAAACCAUGUACUAAAAGUGAAUUCAGCUGCCCAACUCUUCACUGAGAGUGUGGCCAGUGCGUUAGAAUGUUUGCUGUCAUUAGGCCUGCCACCUUUUCAAAACUGUAUUGGUACCAUUCACUUUGUACGCUUAAUUAAUAAUCUCUUUGACAUUUUUAAUAGUAGGAACUAUUAUGGAAAGGGAUUUAAAGGACCUCUAAUGCUUGCAACUUUUAAUAAAAUUAAUCAGGUAUUAACUGAAGCCAAGACGAUUUUUGUUACAUUAUCUGAUACUAGCAAUAAUCAAAUAAUUAAAGGUAAGCGAAAACUAGGAUUCCUGGGAUUUUUGCUUAAUGCUGAGAGCUUAAAAUGGCUCUAUCAAAAUUAUGUUUUCCCAAAGGUAAGGCCUUUUCCAUAUCUUCUUACUUAUAAAUUCAGUCAAGACCAUCUGGAAUUAUUUCUAAAGAUGCUUAGAAAAAUACUAGCAACCAGUUCUAACCCUACCUGCAUGGCAUUCGAGAAAGCUUACCAUAAUUUGGAGACCAGAUACAGAUUACAAGAUGAAGUUUUUCUAAGUGACCUGAGCAUCCUCGACAUCUCAAUUGCUCGAAGGACAGAUUUAAACCUUUGGACAGUUCAACGUCAAUAUGGUGUCAACAUUAUAAAGACUCUUUUUCACAACGAGGAUAUUUGCCAAGACUGGUCUAAUUGUUCAGUAAGUGAGGCAUUACUAGAUCUAUCAGAUUAUAGGCGAAAUCUCACCUUUUGUGCUGGUUAUAUUGCAGAUACAUUAUCAACUCUUUUAACUUGUGAGGACUGCAUCAGUGCACUGUAUGCAUCGGAUCUCAAAACCUCUAAAAUUGGGUCACUGUUGUGUGUUAAAAAGAAGAAUGGUUUGCAUAUCCCUUCAGAAAGUUUAUGUCGAGUCAUAAACAUUUGUGAGCAGGUUGUAAGAACCCAUUCAAGAAUGGCAGUUUAUGAACAACUUCCUAAACAGAGGGAAUUAUAUCUUCAACAGGAAAUAUUAUGUGAGCUUUCUGGACAUAGUUAUCUUUUUGUAGAUUUAGAUGAGCAUCUCUUUGAUGGAGAAGUGUGUGCCACCAAUCACUUUGUAAAGUUACUAAAGGAUAUAAUAAUCUGCUUCUUAAAGUUGAGAGCUAAAGAUAAAGCUCAUUUUAACACCAGUAAGAAAGACUUGAAUUGAAAAUGUCAAGGAAACACUGGUCAUCUUUAGAGGAUUGCAAAUGUUUAAGUUUUACUAAAUACCAAUAAAUUCAGGCAUCUGCUAAGUAACCAUGGACAUCCAAAUGAGAGACCCAAAAUAUAUUUAAAUUUAUAUUAAGAAUAGUUGGUCAACAUUUAUUUUCAAGUUCAACCUAUCAUAUUUUCUAAAUUGACCAUUCUGCACAGUGGACAGGUUUGUAUUAGAAUUCACAAUUUGCAUAUUUUAUAAAAUCUGCUUGAACUUUGGUAUGAUUUGUGGCAUUUCAAAGUUACCAUCCUUACAAAGCAGUAAGAGCAGACUACACAAGAAAUACUGGCUUUGAAUUUAGUACCGUAAGACUGAAUAAUGUGACUGGACAUCAUUUUAACUUAUUCAAUCUACUUUAAAAAUGAGAAAAUAACAACUAGGAGUCACCAACACAUUGACUCCUUUUACAAAUAGACUACAUUCCUUAAAAGAGCUUUGGUUGACAGAAUACCUUGAAUAUAAUUUUAUUUACAUAUGAAAAUUAAUGUAUGGUUUUAGAUUUAGGCUAAAUUAAAAUAUCAGAUACAACAAAGUCCCUUUGCCAGGGUAUCCUAAAAUAAAAAUACUUUAUCAGGUGGACAGUAAGCACCUGAGCCAUGAAAUGGUUCCUUGUGCUGCAGUGAAGCUGGGAAUUAUAGUUUUAGGGACGUGCACAGGUGAUGUAAUUUUCACAAUUCAUUGUCUCUGGACUUUGAAAUAAUACUUUGAAUAAUAGAGUGGAUAAUUACUUGACUCCUAUUGAAAGAGCCCAGUGCUCCUCAGCAAAUGAGAAGCCUUUAUGAAAUCUACUUGUAUUUAUGGGGAGGCUAAAAUAAUAAAACAUUUCAGUGUUGAAUGAAUAAUGGAAUUUUAUAGCAUGUGAGUAAUAAUUUGGAAAAAGAUGGUCAAUUGAGAUAAUAGGUAUGAAAAAAAUUGUCAAGUUUUACAGAAAUUCAGGAGUAACUUAAAUACUGUCAAAGAUGGAAAUAUAAUGCCAAUUUUCUCACACCCAGAGUUGAAAAGAUAACUAGAAAAACAUGUAGGUAUAUGUACUUUCAUAAAUGGGAGUAUUUUAAUGGUUAAAAGAAGCAGCAAGCACAUAUACCUGUGUAUGUAAAAAUAACCUGUUAUUGAGCGAAUGUUCAAAAAGUACAGUUAAUAAGAAAACUAAAAAAUUGCAAAAGAUUGAUUACUGGAUAAAAGUUGAGUUUUAUUAAUUGAGAUGUACCCUAAGUAGUAUAUUUUGAUAUUUUUCUAUAUUCUACCUCAAACAAAGGUUUAAAUUUUGAAAUGUAAUCAGAGUUGCACUGCAAUUUAUUUAAAGAACUAUUGCUGAGAAGUCUGAACAUUGUGGUUUUUGUUUGCCAUAGAAUUAGUUUAGAUUCACCAGGAUAAAUCUUAUUUAAAGGAAACCUGUUUGUAAGUCACCAACUUUAUAAAUCUAAGCUUUCUAUCUGAUCUUUUAUUAAAAACUAGUUCAUAUCUGUAGUGUCUUAUUUACUUUGAUGAAUGUACUAAUAUAUUCUUAUUUUAGAAAUUAGUGGUUUGCAUUAUUUUAAGUGCUGGAUAAAUUGGACAAACAUUGAAGAUACUAUUUCCAUCACUGCCUUUAGCACAGUUAAUUGCUUUUGCUAUAGGGAAAGUGUGAUACGGAAUUUUUAAAAUAUUCACGUUUGAUUAGAGUUAGUUUAUAAAUUCUACUCAGCACCUUUGUCCUCUUUUUCUUUGGAGAAAACUAACAUUCUCUUCAGAAAUGUAUUCUUCCUACUUUUCAACAAAUAGUAGUGGAAUAACUGUAUAUCAUCAUGCAAAAGUAUUAACACUAAAUAGAUCAAAAACCUAAAUGUAAGAGGUAAAGCUAUAAAAAUCUUAGAAGAGAGUCGGGAACUUAAUGUGUUAGUCUCUUAGAUAUGACACCGAAAGCACCAUCAACAAAAAAUGGACUUCAUCAAAAUUAAAAACUUGUGCUUCAGAGGACAACAAUAAAGUAAGACAACCCACAGAAUGGGAGAAAAUUUUUACAAAUCAUUUGGUAGAUUUGUAUCUAGAAUAUACAAAGAACUUUUAUAACAAUGAUAAAUGACAACCCAAUUUUUAAAAAUGGGUAAAGACUAUAAGUAGACAUUUUUCAAAAGAGAUAUACAAAGGGCCGAUAAACACCAGAAUAUAUGUUGGACAUUAGCCAUCUGGGAAAUGCAAAUCAAAACCACAAUGAGAUAUCACUUUAUACCCACUAGGAUGGCUGUAAUAAGAAAGAUGUGUUAGCAAGAAUGUGGAGAAGUUGGAACCCUUAUAUAUUGGUGAUGAGAAUGGAGAUCCUGGAAACCAGCCUCGUAGUUUUUCAAGAGGUUAAAGAGAGUUACCAAAUGACCCAGCAGUUCUACUGACAGGCAUAUACCCAAGAGAAAUAAAAACACAUCCAUGUAAAAACUUACACACAAAUUUCAGAGUAAUAUUACAAUAGCUAAAAAGUGAAAAAGACAAUGUCCCACUAAUGAACGAUAAAUAAAAACGUCCUCUAUUCAUACAGUAGGUCACAUGGUAAAUAUAUAUUUUACUUUAUAACAAACUGCCAGAACUGGUUUUUUGCCAAAUGACUACCACUUUACAUUUCAACCAGUAAUGUAUGAAAUUUCCUGUUGCUCUGCUGCCGCCCCAGUAUUUGGUUUUGUUUUUUUGUUUGUUUGUUUGUUUGUUUAUCAUAUAUCUCUUCAGGACAAAAUAGACACUAUUGAGUGUCUAUUACAUCCUAUGGAGAACUUCAAUUUUAGGUCACAGCGUUUGGUUUGGUUUUGAAUUAGCCAUUGAAAUAGGCGUGCGGUGGUAUUUCAUUGGAGCUUUAAAUUUCCUAAUAGCUAAUAAUGAUGAGCAUCUUUUUGUAGGCUUAUUUGCCAUCCACAUAAUUUUAUUUUUAAAAUAUAUUUUUGAUUGGAGAGGGAGAGAGAGAAACAUCAAUGAUGAGAGAGAAUCCAUUGGCUGCCUCCUGCAUGCC